AAGUUGCAAGAUUCUCAUGUUCUGUUUGACCAUACAUAGUUUGUCCUGGAGACGUCCUGGAGACGUCGCACGGUGGGAAAAAAGAUUGUGUGUGACUAUGCUGAAAUAUGUUAGUGUUUGGAUCACCCUGUGUAUAUUACGACUUAAUGGAACAUUAUUUUCAAAUCUUGCUUUUCAAAAACCUGCCACCAUGAGUACAGUGUAUAACUAUAUCAGCACCCCGGCACGAGCCGUGGACGGAAACAACGGAACUGACUGGUAUUCCGACUUCUGUGCCUCAUCGAACUAUGACGACCUGGAACCGUGGUGGAUGGUGGAUCUGCGUGGGUACUUCCACAUCCAUAACGUCACCAUCACGAACAGGGGAGACGGGAAUUGGCGGCGUCUACACAGCUUCACCAUUGACGUGUUUACGGAAAACCCAAUAGGCUGUGCACGCGCCACACCAGUCCAGUGUUACAACCGCACCGACCAACUGGGGCGUGGCGAGACUGUACAGUUUAAAUGUCGCUCGCCCGUGAUUGGUCGGUUCGUCCGUAUUAAGAAGUGGAAAAUGAUGAGCCAUGAUGAUGUACUGACAUUGUGUGAGGUUCAAGUGAUUGGAACAAAAGAGACAGCUUGUCCUUUCACAAGACUUUUCCAUCGAGCACGAGGGACGCGACUGGACUCGACAGAUGACGUCAUUUCAGGCGUUGCUGACGUCAUGAAUUGCGCGAGCAGAUGUGGCCACCGCGAUUGUUUGGCGUUCAACUACAACCAGAACAGUCAACAGUGUCAGCUCAUUUCAGCUCCGACGUUUCUCGAUUCAACAACGAUGACGUCAUCGUGGGAUUACUACGGAGUGGAUCUUUGUUGAUCUAUUUAAUACCUGAACUUUGUUAAAACUGGAAGAAACACGGGAUGAGUCUGUACUGGGCAGGUCCGGGAUUUUAUAAAGAGGGAUCCUAAAAGGGGAAGUCUGUAUCUGCAAAGCUCCAGAAUGGGGUGAACAUUCAAAUGUUUCCGAUGACAUUCUGCUUAAUAUCUGAACUUCCUUGAUUUGGAUUGGAUAAAAUAUUAACGUUGAAGCACGUCUCUCCAGGGAACAAGUUGUGACUUCGCUAGUGACUGGAAAUACGAAACGAUUCAAAUAGGUGCAAAGAAAAAUUAUCGGCCUGCGCUGUCAGUCGACCUACCUACGUAUUAACCAAACUGCUUCUGAUGAUCGAUGAUCCCAAAUCCCAACUGAUUCACAACACUAUACAUCAGAAUAAAUAGGCUUACCCAAA